GCUGUUGUCAAGUCAGAUGACAAGUAUGUCUUCAUAAAUGUCACCGAGAGGCAAAACUGCACAGCGGAGGUACAGGGACACGCGCCGGGCGGGCUGGCACAAGAAGCUUGAGUGGAGACUGCGCUCGAGUGGCAGGUGUACGCGCACCUUACAGCGCAGAACUUAGCAUCGAUAAAAGCAAAAGAACGGAAUUCUGCUUUUUAAAGUUAAUUGCGAAUCACCGGGGGAAAGAUCGCUCUCGUUGGUUUCAGCGUGAAUCUGACGUUCAAAAAGAAGCAAGCAUGGGUGUCAGGAGCUUCGGCUGGCAGAGAUAUCAACAGACAUUCCGCACACAUUAAUGCACCCACAGUUACCCCAGCAGAGCACAAUACCACAGGAAAACACUCAAGCACACCAUGCUCCUGUAGUACACACUACCUGCUGCAUACAAGGGCAAAAACCAAACACACGCAGAGGCACACCCAUACAUAUACACACACGUAUAUGCACAGGCAUAAACAUACAGGUACAUUCACAGAUACAUAAGUACACGUGUUCACACAUACACACAGACACACAGACGAACACACGCACGCACACACACACACGCACACAUACACGCACAAACACACGCACACACAAGACACGCACAAACACACGCACACACAAGACACGCACACACACACACACACACACACAAAAUGUUGUCAGAGAACUCCAGCUCCAGGGUCCAGAGCCCGACCAACCUGUCGGUGAGCGUGGUGGAGCAGGUGUCCCAGUCGCUGCAGUAUAAGACGGUGUCGGUGUUCCUGGUGCUGCUGGUCUGCUGCAUGGGCAUUGUGGGGAACAUCAUGGUGGUGCUGGUGGUCCUCACCAGCCGCCACAUGCGCACACCCACCAACUGCUACCUGGUCAGCCUGGCGGUGGCCGACCUCAUCGUGCUGGUGGCCGCCGGCCUGCCCAACAUCUCCGACAGCCUGACGGGCACCUGGGUGUACGGGCACGCCGGCUGCCUGGGCAUCACCUACUUCCAGUACCUGGGCAUCAACGUGUCCUCCUGCUCCAUCACCGCCUUCACCGUGGAGAGGUACAUCGCCAUCUGCCACCCCAUGACGGCGCAGACGGUGUGCACGGUGUCGCGGGCCAAGCGCAUCAUCGCGGGCGUGUGGGCGCUCACCUGCGUCUACUGCCUGCUCUGGUUCUUCCUGGUGGACAUCCAGGUGACCGCCGACCGGCGGGUGCAGUGCGGCUACCGGGUGUCGCGCGACCUCUACCUGCCCGUCUACCUCAUCGACUUCACCAUCUUCUACGUCCUGCCGCUGCUGCUGGCCAUCGCGCUGUACGCCCUGAUCGCGCGCGCGCUCUGCCUCAGCUCGCUGCCCCACCCCUCCCCCUCGGCCAGCGGCACCACGCUGCGCCGCAGCUGCCGGGAGCCGUCCGGCGGCACCGCCAAGGGCAGCCGCCGCGCCCGCCCCCGCAGCGCCCUGUCGUCCCGGAAGCAGGUGACAAAGAUGCUGGCGGUGGUGGUGGUCCUGUUCGCCCUGCUGUGGAUGCCCUACCGCACGCUGGUGCUGGUCAACUCCUUCGUGGCCACGCCCUACCUGGACGCCUGGUUCCUGCUGUUCUGCCGGACCUGCAUCUACGCCAACAGCGCCAUCAACCCGGUGGUGUACAACGCCAUGUCGCAGCGCUUCCGCUCCGCCUUCCGGAGCCUGUACCGCUGCCAGGCCCAGGCCGCGCACCGCCGGACCCCCUCCGCGCUCACCGUCGGCCACAGCAUCAACCACGGCCCCGCCGCCAACGGCAGGGAGCGGCCGGGCGGGAGGGUCGCCGCGGAGACGGAUAAGCGGGGAAAGGAGCAGGGAGACGCCGGGAUCUCGGAUUGCUGGAAGAAGGACACGCCCACUGCAGGGAAAGACACGCCCACUGAUGUGGAAAAGGACACGCCCACUGCAGGGGAAGACACGCCCACUGAUGUGGAAAAGGACACGCCCACUGCAGGGAAAGACCAGCCUACUGAUGUGGAAAAGGCCACGCCCAGCACAGAGGAGAAGAAGGAGGAAGAGAUGAACCACAGUUCUGUGUGACUUAUUAUUAUUAUUAUUAUUAUUAUUAUUAUUAACACAGAUACAAUAAAAACAAAAGGGAACUUUUUUUUCCUCACAUUUACAAAUAGUCACACUGCCUUUCUGUCAGUAUAUACAUCCCUCGCAAUUAUAUCACACAUUUCGCAGUUUAAAUCACAGAGUACACAGCAGUACUGUUCUGUGAUUUCACUCCGAAUGGAACACCUUAUGGUUAUAGGUGGGGUGUCCUCUCCGGGCAGGGUGGGGUUCACAUAGGGGGCGUGUCCUCUCCGGGCAGGGUGGGGUUCACAUAGGGGGCGUGUCCUCUCUACGCGGGGCGGGGUUCACUUAGGGGGCGUGUCCUCUCUACGCAGGGCGGGAUUCACAUAGGGGGCGUGUCCUCUCUACGCAGGGCGGGGUUCACAUAGGGGGCGUGUCCUCUCUACGCAGGGCGGGGUUCACAUAGGGGGCAUGUCCUCUCUACGCAGGGCGGGGUUCACAUCGGGGCGUGUCCUCUCUACACAGGGCAGGGUUCACAUAGGGGGCAUGUCCUCUCCAAGCAGGGCAUGUCUUUUCUAUAGACAUCUGUACUACAAGAGGAUUCGACAUUGGUCAUUUUGUUCAUUUCCUAAUUGGCAUUCAUAUUUAAACCAAUUAUACCGUAAGAUGAACAAAGCGAUUGCACAGGGUCUGAACCCCAGUGUGUCAGUAUACCGUUUACAUACCAGUCUGUGCCACCAGGACAGAUUACAGCACAGUCAUUUUACCCUGCUGACACUGCAUCACUAAUUGUUCCAAUGAUUUCUCCAGUAUUAAGGAUUUAGGUAAGUCACUGUUUGGUUGAAACAAUUUUAUUUAUUGAUCUUGAUAUUGUGCCAGUAGUGUAUUUUCCAAAGUUCUUUGUCUGAAUUUGUAUCUGAACAGUGAGAAUCUGCAGAUCUGCAGAAGAUCUAUACGUUUUGUGCCAGUCUGUGAUGUACAGUAUUCGCUUACAGUACUACAUGCAUUAUAGUUUUGUCAAAAUGUAAUAAA